AUGCACACCCAUUUGCCUUUUUUGUACUGUUACAUUGGUAUUUCUCUUGUUUUUGCUCAGGCAGUUCAAAAUUUUGCACAUAAUGAUGAAGUAUCAGUUCUACUAUCAAUAAAAUCUGGUCUUAUUGAUCCCUUGAAUUGCCUCAAAGAUUGGAAAAUACCAGCCCAUGAGGCCCAAAAAGAUGCACCAGUCCACUGUAACUGGACUGGAGUGUGGUGCAACACCAAAAGCUCUGUGGAAAAGCUUGACAUCUCCAACAUGAAUCUCAGUGGCCUCAUAUCAGAACACAUUCAAGGACUACAGAGUCUUUCUUCGUUCAACAUUUGCUGUAAUGGGUUCUCAUCAUCCUUGCCAAAAUCUCUAUCCAAUCUCACUUCACUGAAGAGCAUUGAUGUUAGUCAGAACAACUUCAUUGGCAGCUUUCCAACUGGCCUUGGCAAUUCUGCAGAACUGAAGGAAGUUAACGCUUCGAGCAACAAUUUCUCAGGUUUUCUACCAGAGGAUCUCGGAAACGCAAUGUCCCUCGAAAGCUUGGAUUUCAGAGGGAGCUUCCUUUCCGGUUCGAUCCCGAGGUCCUUCAUGAACUUGCAGAAGUUGAGGUUUUUAGGCCUUUCAGGUAACAAUCUCACUGGAAGAAUUCCCAGAGAGCUCGGGAAACUUUCGUCUUUAGAGACUAUCAUUCUUGGAUACAAUGAGUUUGCGGGGGGAAUUCCUGCUGAAUUUGGCAAUCUUACCAAUCUUCGGUAUCUUGACUUGGCGGUUGGGAGCCUGGGUGGUCAGAUUCCAGCUGAAUUGGGUAGGCUAGGAAAACUUGGUACAGUUUUUUUAUACAAGAACAAUUUUGCAGGCAAGAUUCCACCUGAAAUCGGCAACAUUUCGUCAUUGAUGUAUUUGGAUCUUUCGGAUAAUCAGAUUACAGGAGAGAUUCCAACUGAUAUUUGGAGACUGAAGAACUUGCAGCUGUUGAAUUUGAUGUGCAAUCAAUUAAGUGGUUCAAUUCCAGGCAGGCUUGGUGAGUUAUCGAAGCUGGAAGUACUAGAGCUGUGGAAGAAUUCCUUGACAGGUCCUCUGCCAGGAAAUCUUGGGCGAAAUUCAUCGUUGCAAUGGCUUGAUGUGUCAUCGAACAGGUUAUCAGGUGAGAUUCCGCCAGGAUUAUGCAAUUCUGGGAAUCUUACCAAGCUCAUCCUCUUCAACAAUUCCUUCUCUGGUUCAAUCCCAACAUCACUGUCAACAUGUUUGUCAUUAGUUCGAGUUCGGAUGCAGAACAAUCUCAUUUCUGGGACAAUUCCCAUCGGCCUUGGAGAUCUUCUGAGACUCCAGCGGUUGGAAUUGGCCAACAACAACCUAACAGGCCUAAUUCCAGAAGACAUUGCCUCAUCUACCUCACUUUCGUUCAUCGACAUUUCCAGGAACCGCUUUGAAUCAUCUCUCCCUUCUGGCAUUCUCCGCAUUCCUACUCUCCAAACCUUCACUGCUUCCAGCAGUAACUUGGGAGGCAACAUUCAAGACCAGUUCCAGGACUGCCCAUCACUUUCCAUCCUCGAUCUCUCGAGCAACCAUUUCUCUGGAAGAAUUCCGGAGAGAAUUGCUUCGUGCCAAAAGCUUGUCAAUCUCAACCUCCGAAACAACCAACUUACAGGAGAAAUCCCAAGGGCAGUUGCCACAAUGCCCACAUUAGCCAUUCUUGACCUCUCCCACAAUUCCCUCACCGGGCAGAUACCUGAGAACUUUGGGAGCUCACCUGCCCUGGAAAUGCUCAACCUGUCUUACAACAAUCUCGAAGGUCUGGUCCCGGUCACGGGGAUGUUAACAACAAUAAACCCAAGCGAUCUCUUUGGCAACCCUGGUCUUUGUGGCGGCAUACUAGCCCCAUGUUACCAAACAUCUCCAAAAUUGUCCCGCCACCUAAAAAGUUCACACCACAACCGCAUCCUUCUUGGAUUUGUCGUCGGAGUUUCGAUAAUGCUGGCUCUUGGGAUUGCUAUCAUAGGCAGCAGACGGCUCUACCAAAGAUGGCACCUGUACAGCAGUUCCUUCACAGAUUGGUGCAACCAAGGUCAGGGAUCAGAAUGGCCUUGGAGGCUAGUAGCAUUCCAGAGGCUGAAUUUCACCAGCUGUGACAUACUAGCAUGCAUAAAGGAAUCCAACGUUAUUGGCCAGGGUGGUGCGGGGAUCGUUUACAAGGCUGAAAUCCAGCGGCCACGGAUAACAGUGGCAGUGAAGAGGCUGUGGCGGUUUGGGGAUGGAGAAGAGCUUGUUGGGGAGGUGAACCUUCUUGGGAGGCUUCGGCAUCGGAAUGUGGUGAGGCUGUUGGGGUACCUUCACAAUGGGAGGGAGGUAAUGAUGGUGUACGAGUACAUGCGAAAUGGGAGCCUCGGGGCAGCGCUACACGGGAAGCAGGAGGGGAAGUUGCUGGUGGACUGGGUUUCACGGUACAAUGUGGCGGUGGGAUUGGCACAAGGGCUGUUCUACCUGCACCAUGAGUGCCAUCCGCCGGUGAUCCACAGGGACAUCAAGUCUAACAAUGUGCUGCUCGAUGCCAACCUUGAUGCCAGAAUAGCUGAUUUUGGGCUGGCCAGGACCAUGGUUCAUAAGAAUGAGACACUUUCUAUGGUGGCUGGAUCUUAUGGGUAUAUUGCACCUGAAUACGGUUAUACACUGAAGGUCAACGAGAAGAGUGACAUAUAUAGUUUUGGCGUUGUCCUUUUGGAGCUUCUAACAGGGAAAAUGCCAUUAGACCCUGCAUUUGGCGAAUCCAUUGACAUUGUGGGAUGGGUGCGAAGAAAGAUCAGGAACAAGGGGGCAUUAGAAGAAGCAUUAGACCCCAACAUUGCAGGCCAUUGCAAAGAUGUUCAAGAAGAGAUGGUUCUCGUACUUCGAAUCUCGCUUCUGUGCACAGCAAAGCUCCCCAAGGACAGGCCGUCCAUGAGGGAUGUCGUCACAAUGCUUGGAGAGGCAAAGCCAAGGAGGAAAAGCAUUUGUCGCAAUGGGGUAAACAGCAGUAGCAAAGAAAAACCAAUCUUUGGCAACUCACCAAUAAUGGGUCUUUUGUAGAAACGGCCCCUUUGUUGCUCAGGCAAUUUUUUUCUCUGUUUAUUUAUUUAUUUCUUCCAGAUCUGCAGUAUGGGUUCAGCUGCUUCUAUCAAGCAGUGAAUGCUCAUGUAUAACUAUUGCAAUCUACUUCAUACCACAUCCCAAUCAUUAAA